AUGAUCGAGAACCUAACCUCUUCCCGCCUCUGUCUUAUUACGAUUGCUGCUCAAUUAGAUAUCAGAAAUGGUUCACAAGGAGCAGGAUCAGUCUAUGGUAGCAGAACGCCAGCACUAUUUUACAACACCAACGACACUACGACGGCUUCGCCCGGACUCAAACACCCUGCCAAAGCUGUUUUUCUACAACACAACUACCCCCGUAACUCUCUCCUCGCCGCUGGAGUCAACAAGUACAGCCGCUCGCAGGUCAUUGCCAAGCGUGUCUUGUACAAGCGCAAGCCCACUGGUGCCAUUGCCAUCAAUGCCCCUGCCGCCAACAAGACCGUUGAGGUCAAGGGCGCCAAGAACGGUGGCUCCCGCGUCAUUGCCGCUGCCAAGGCCCCCCGCUUCUACGCCGCUGAGGAUGUUGCUCUCCCCAAGAAGAACCGCAAGCACGCCGGUGUUGCCAAGCUCCGCAACACCAUCGUCCCCGGUACCGUCCUCAUCCUCUUGGCCGGUCGCUACCGCGGCAAGCGCGUUGUCUUCUUGAAGCAGCUCGAGUCUGGCCUUUUGCUCGUCUCCGGCCCCUUCAAGGUCAACGGCGUCCCUCUCAAGCGCGUCAACCAGGCCUACGUCAUUGCCACCUCCACCAAGGUUGAGCUUGAUGCCACCAAGAUCGAUGCUCAGUUGAACGAUGCCUACUUCGCCCGCCCCAAGGCUACCAAGAAGGCCGCCACUGAGGAGGCUUUCUUCGAGGGUGAGAAGAAGAAGGAGCCCCUUGCCGAGAACAAGGUCGCUCUCCAGAAGGCUACCGACAAGGUCAUCCUUGAGGCUGUCAACAAGGUCGAGCACCUCCGCCAGUACUUGUCCGCCAAGUUCUCUCUCUCCAAGGGCCAGGCUCCCCACGCUCUCCAGUUCUAA